CCAACAGGAGGAUAUGAUAUAUACGUGAAACAAACACCCUAAUUCAAGGUCCUAUCCAAGUCCCACCCUGAUGACUAUUCGACUUGAACAAUUGAAAUCAUGCCGUGCAACCCUUUCAGACGCAAGAAAUCAGUUGCCCCCAAACAACAGAGCAAGGUAUCCGACGACACGUUCGUAGACAACGGUCGCACACUCCACGUAUAUGUCGAAAGCUGGAAGCAACGCCAGGCCACCAUUUUUGAUGACGACAAAGAAACUGUCCUAUACAACAUCGACAUUCGAAAUCGCAGACCCAACUUAACAUUCAGAAAUGGCAAUGACGUUCAAGUGGGCACCAUCGCAUUCAAUCCAUGGAAUCGUGCCAUCACCGCCAAUAUCCAAAACACAGACAUCUCAGUCAAGAGCAAGAAUUGGAAGACUUGCAACCUCCUGUACACCUCAAAAGCAUUCGGCGGCCAACAACUAGAGUGGCAACGACAGACACCAUGGGUGGUGCUUGAUCAUUUCUUGGUCGACGAGCACAAGAUGCCAAUCGCAAAGAUUAGUCCUAGAGAAUGGGCGAAAAAGAAGUAUGCCGUCAUCGAGCUUGUAGAUCCGAAUCUGCCUCAAGAAGCCAUCGAUGAGGUUGUCAUGAUAGGAUUGGCAGUGUUCCAGAACACAAAGUAUUAUACAGCCGUCAACGCAGGUUCGAGCUGAUGAUCCUACUGAGCGAAGCGAAGGAGGUUCUACAUUGGGUUUAGAAAAUGUCUUUCAGAAAAACUUUCACGUGAUAUGAUUAGCUAGAAAUGAUUGGCUGAGAGUGAAUCUUGGCGCGAAAUGAUCAGAUAUGCGCGAGUUGCGAUCCCGUGACUGAGUUUUGUAAAUAUAUUC